AUGAGACAUCAUCAUAAACGUCAAUUGUGCAUGAGGCGUUCAAUUAAGUCUGAUCUUGUUUCAGUUUCAAAAAAUAUGCACAUGUUGUUUACUUGUAAAGUUGUUCAUUUACGACAUGUUCAAGUUACAAACGUUACGGUUUUAAGUAGCAUAAGUUAUGAACAUAAUGAAUUUAGCCAUAUUGCAAUAAAUUGA